AUGGAGGUACCUCUCCAUCUAACACUAUCCUACCAACAAAAAAUAUUUAAUGAAGUUAUUAAUGAGGACGGACUCUGUGUUAUGGCACCAGGCCUUUCUUUACUUCAAAUUGCAGCAAAUGUUUUAGCUUAUUUUGCCAUUCCAAAUUCUUUAGUUCUGCUUGUCGGAGCCAAUUUUAACGAUAAUGAGCUAUUACAGCGAGAAUUGGAAGAAGAGUUGGGAAAAGGUCUGCAAAUUGUAAACACAGAAACUAUGUCUGUAGACAAACGAGAAAAAGCAUACCAAGAGGGAGGUAUUUUUUCAGUCACCAGUCGAAUUUUGGUGAUGGAUUUAUUAACUCAGAUAAUCCCGACAGAAAAUAUUACGGGCAUCGUUUUGCUGCAUGCAGACAGAAUUGUCUCAACCGGAACAGAGGCUUUCAUAAUACGAUUGUAUAGAGAGAAAAACAGGACUGGAUUCAUAAAAGCUUUUAGUGAUGAUCCGGAACGAUUUUUGAUGGGAGUUAACGCUCUCAGCAAUGCGUUGAGAUGCAUGUUUCUUCGCCAUGUCUUCAUUUAUCCUCGUUUCCAUGUUGAUGUGACCGAGUCUUUAGAAAAGACUCCAGCAGACGUUAUCGAGCUAAAUGUCGAUUUUACAGAUUCUCAGAAAUCAAUUCAAUCUUGCCUACUUUCUUGUAUUGAAGCUACCGUUCGAGAACUACGGAGAUAUAACUCGGCUUACCUCGACAUGGAAGAAUGGAACAUUGAUUCUGCUUUACACAAGAGCUUUGAUGUAACUAUUCGUCGUCAACUUGAUCCGGUUUGGCAUCGCGUGAGUCCUAAGACUAAGCAACUGGUAGGUGACCUUUCAACGUUAAAAUUUCUUUUAAUUGCACUAAUCUCCUACGAUUGUGUCAGCUUUCUUAAGAUUUUGGAUACUAUCAUUCUUUCUGUACGCACAGGGGGAUUUUCUAGUAAUUCUCAACCAUCGCCGUGGCUCAUGUUGGAUUCCGCAAAUACAUUGAUUCGGAUAGCUAGAGAUCGUGUUUAUCGUUCUCCAGCUGGAUCCAUGGAUGAGUAUUAUCCUGUUUUAGAAGAACAGCCAAAGUGGUCUGUUUUGCGCGAUGUUUUAGAAGAAAUAAGCCAUGAAAACGUACUCCAUGAAAGUAAUGACCCUGAUUUCUCAACGAACUCAAUUUUGAUAAUGUGCUCGGAAGAACGUACUUGCUUACAAUUACGAGACUACUUAAGUACUAUACAUUACGACAAUAAAGAGUCCUUCAAAAUGAUGAACAAUCGACUGAUGGACUAUUUUCAAUGGCGUGAACAAUACAGAAAUAUGAGCAAAUCCAUAAGCAAAAUUGAAAAAAACUCUAAAGAAAAGCAAAGUACACCUGAAACUAGCAGGAAGGGUACACCUGCUUCUAAACGACGAAGAGUAAGAGGAGGCGGCACAGCUAUGUCUCGAUCAACUCCAGAAAGCAAUGUAACUCAAGAAAAUUUUUCCAAUGAUAUAAGAUUGGAAAGACUUUUACUCUCACAAAUAUCGAAGUCAACUUAUACGCAGGAAGAAAAUGAAUCUUUUGAGGUAUUAAGUGAUAAUAAUUCCAUUUAUAUUUAUACUUAUAACUACGAAUUGGAUACCCUUCUCCUUAAUACUUUGCGCCCACGAUUCAUUAUAAUGUUCGAUUCUGAUCCUGACUUCAUCCGGAGGAUUGAGGUGUAUAAAGCUACCUAUCCACAAAGGGCAACACGAGUAUAUUUCGUUUAUUAUGGAGGAUCCGUUGAAGAACAAAAAUACCUGUAUACCGUAAGAAGAGAGAAAGAUUCCUUCUCCAAAUUAAUUAGGGAGCGAUCAAACAUGGCUAUUAUCCUUACAGGAGAAAAUGAACGUUUUGAAGGCCAAGAAACCAAAUUUUUGAGAAACGUGAACACACGAAUUGCUGGUGGAGGCCAUGUAUCAGUAACAAAUGAAAAACCAAGGAUAGUGGUGGAUCUUCGAGAAUUCCGAAGCUCUUUACCAUCCAUAUUGCAUGGAAACAACUUCUCUGUUAUUCCCUGUCAAAUACUGGUCGGCGAUUAUGUGCUUUCUCCAAAUAUUUGUGUUGAAAGGAAGUCUAUUCGUGACUUAAUACAAUCGUUGAGUAGUGGUAGACUUUAUUCUCAGUGUGAAGCUAUGCUAGAGCACUAUGAAAUACCCGUGCUGCUAAUCGAAUAUGAGCAAAAUCAAACGUUUACUUCUCCUCCGUUUUCGGAUCUUUCAACUGAAAUUGGUAAAUCAGAUGUACAAUCCAAGUUGGUGCUUUUAACGCUUGCGUUUCCUAAGUUGCGAAUCCUUUGGUCUUCUAGUGCUUAUGCUACAUCCUUGAUGUUUCAAGACUUAAAGGUAUUGGAAAAAGAGCCAGAUCCAGCCGUCGCAGCAUCCAUUGGUUUGGAAGCUGGUCAAGAUUCCACAAACACUUACAACCAAGCUCCAGUUGACUUAUUAAUGGGGCUUCCCUAUAUAUCUAUGAAAAACUAUAAGAAUGUUGUUUAUAGCGAUUUAAAGAAUAUACAGGAAGCGUGCCAGACAGACGAGCGCAAAUGGUCUGAACUUAUCGGACCUGAAGCAGGACGCUCACUGUAUACAUUUUUUCGAAAGGAGCUAAAAGAUUAUGAAUAG